UCAUCGUAGGAAGAUUUUUAAAGUCAAAUCCUUUAAUUUAUUCGAAAUUAAAAUUACACACAGGUCUUAAACCAUUUUGACCAAAAAAAAUAAAAACAGGUGUCAAACCAUCCGUUUCAUUCCAAAGGUUACAACACUCGAAGAGGCGCCAAAAGCGGUUGACGUUUUAAGAAAAAGAAAAUCAAAAAAGAAUAAUUCGCGGGCAGGGGGGUGAUUAAUCAAAAACUUAAUAGCUCCCGCUCAACUCUCUCUCCCCCUUUACAAAAACCCUUAGCUCUUCUCUUCCUCUCUGAAAACAGAACUUUUCAAUCGAGAGAGAGAGAAAAAUGCAGACUUCAGUGACCCCAGAUGCUAUCUCCGCCGUGUUGUCAAACCCAUCUUUCGAUUCGUCGUCUUCAGAUCGAUCUGAGAUCGUCGUUCAAGUCGUUGAUCUCAAGCCUAUCGGCAAUCGAUACACAUUCAGUGCUAAUGAUGGGAAGACGAGAGUCAAAGCAAUGUUUACUGCUUCGCUAACACCUGAGAUCAUUUCUGGGAAGAUCCAGAAUCUGGGUCUGAUCCGUCUCCUUGAUUUCACUGUUAACGACAUCUCAGGCAAAUCAACCAAAUACUUACUUGUGACAAAAUGUGAGUCUGUUGCUUCCGCGCUUGAUUCCGAGGUUGACUUGGAGGGUAAAAGCGAAGAGGAGGGUGGUGAGGCCAAGAGGCAGAAGCUAGAUCACUCUCCCAUGAGUGAUGUUGUUUCCACUGGGAUCACGUUGAAACCUAAGCAAGAGUUUGUUGCCAAAUCAGCUUCUCAGAUAAUCACUGAACAGAGGGGAAAUGCUGCACCAGCUGCGAGAAUGUCCAUGACCAGAAGAGUUCACCCACUUUUGUCCUUGAAUCCUUAUCAAGGAAGCUGGACCAUCAAAGUCCGAGUCACUAACAAGGGAGUCAUGAGAAACUACAGAAACGCUAGGGGAGAAGGAUGUGUCUUCAAUGUUGAACUAACAGAUGAAGAAGGAACACAGAUUCAAGCCACGAUGUUCAAUGAUGCUGCACGGAAGUUUUAUGACAGGUUCCAGCUGGGAAAGGUGUAUUAUAUAUCAAGGGGAUCACUUAAGCUUGCUAACAAGCAGUUCAAGACAGUUCAGAAUGAUUACGAGAUGACACUGAAUGAAAAUUCAGAGGUGGAAGAAGCUAGUGACGAGGAAAUGUUCGUUCCUGAGACUAAAUUCAACUUUGUACCCAUUGAAGAGUUGGGUAUGUAUGUGAAUCAGAAGGAGCUUAUUGAUAUUAUUGGAGUUGUUCAAAGUGUUUCCCCUACCAUGAGUAUUAGAAGGAGAACUGACAAUGAGAUGAUACCCAAGAGGGAUAUAACUUUGGCUGAUGAGUCAAAAAAGACUGUUGUGGUGUCACUGUGGAACAACUUGGCAACCAGCAUAGGUCAAGAACUGCUAGACAUGGCUGAUAAGUCUCCUGUGAUUGCAAUCAAGUCUCUCAAAGUUGGAGACUUUCAAGGUGUUUCAUUGUCCACCAUCAGCAGAAGCAAUGUAGUGAUUAAUCCUGAAUCACCAGAAGCCAAAAAGCUUAAAUCUUGGUAUGAUUUUGAAGGCAAGGAAACAUCCAUGUCUUCCAUUGGCUCAGGGAUGAGCCCAUCUGCCAAGAAUGGAUCUUGGUCUAUGUAUGCUGAUCGAGUCCCUCUCUCUCAAAUCACAAGCAACCCAUCUCUAGGCGAGGACAAGCCUGUGUUUUUCAGCACUAGGGGUUACAUAAGCUUCAUCAAACCGGACCAGACAAUGUGGUAUCAAGGUUGUAAGACUUGUAACAAGAAAGUAACUGAAGCAAUAGACUCUGGUUACUGGUGCGAAAGUUGCCAGAAAAAAGAUGAAGAAUGCAGAUUAAGGUACAUAAUGGUAGUGAAAGUCUCUGACUCGACAGGAGAAGCUUGGUUUUCCUCAUUCAAUGACGAAGCAGAGAAGAUUAUUGGAUGUUCAGCUGAUGAGCUCAACAAACUAAGAUCAGAGGGAGGUGAAGUGAAUGAAUUUCAGACAAAGCUGAAAGAAGCAACAUGGUCCUCUCAUGCCUUCAGGAUCAGUGUCACUCAGAACGAGUAUAACGGUGAGAAGAGGCAGAGGAUAACUGUUAAAGCGGUAGCUCCUGUUGAUUUUGCUGCUGAGUCAAGAUUACUGCUCCAAGACAUCUCCAAGAAGAACACAUCAGCUUCUCAUUAGUUUUCAAGUUUCACAUGUUAUGACUCUAUUUUGCCUAAAAGUUCCACAACUUUGCUUGUAAUAUACUAUAAGCUUCUCUGCAGCUUUUGAGUAACAUUAUUGAACUGGAUUCCUUGGUAAUCUCUGUCUGCUUCACACUAGCAAGUGAGAUAUAGUGUUAUGAAUCUAUUGGGCCUUUGGAAAUAUA